AUGGACACAUUGGGAUUGAUCAUUUUUACUUUACUGCUGCUUACAGCUAGCAAAGCUAACGAUACAAAUGUUCAUGUCUGGACAUGUGGCUAUCGAGGACUUUGUAGAAAGCAGUGCUAUGCCCAAGAAUACAUGGUGGGUUACCAUGGCUGCCCUCGCAGAUACAGGUAA